UCUAUGUGUAGCAGUGUAGAGGAUUAUUUGCAGCAAAAGGAUCAAAACACACACACACACAUUUAGUUCUUGUCCGAAAAAGCAUUGAAGAAGUGAGCUUCAACUCAAUUGAUAUCAAACAAAACAAUAAAAUGUGUGCUUUGAGAGUGUUGAACAGAUUAUCGAACACAACCUCCUACUUCAAAACUUGGAAACCCUAUCAUCAGCACCAUACCCAUAGGACACUUAUCUUGGACUCUUCAGCUUCUCAAUUUGUAAAGCUUCACAAUCUCACUGGCUCAGAUUCCGGGAUUAUCGAGGUUAGCUUGGACAGGCCUGAAGCUAAAAAUGCUAUAGGGAAAGAGAUGCUGCGUGGUUUAAGUAAUGUGUUUGAAUUGAUUAAUCAGAACUCUAAUGCUAAUGUUGCUUUGAUCCGCAGUUUAGUUCCCGGGGUGUUUUGUGCUGGGGCUGAUCUAAAGGAGCGCAGGAUCAUGGAUCUAUCCGAGGCUAAGUUUUUUGUGAAUUCUCUUCGUUCCACAUUGACAUUUCUAGAGGCAAUUCGUGUACCAACUAUUGCUGUUAUGGAAGGAGUGGCUCUUGGUGGUGGACUUGAAAUGGCUUUGGCAUGUGAUAUUCGAAUAUGUGGAGCAAAUGCUUUGAUGGGUUUGCCAGAGACAGGACUUGCUAUAAUCCCUGGGGCAGGUGGAACACAGCGACUACCUAGAUUGGUAGGAAAAGCAGUAGCAAAGGAUAUUAUUUUUACUGGUCGAAAGAUUAAUGGCAUCGAGGCGCUGUCGAUGGGUCUUGUCAAUUACUGUGUUGCUGCUGGUGAAGCUCAUUCCAAGGCACUUGAAAUUGCUCGGGAUAUCAAUCAAAAGGGCCCUGUAGCAGUAAGGAUGGCUAAAAGAGCUAUUAACGAGGGAGUGGAGACCGAUCUAACAUCAGCUUUGGUUUUGGAAGAAGAUUGCUAUGAUCAGGUGUUGAAUACCAAAGAUCGACUGGAAGGCUUGGCUGCAUUUGCUGAAAAGCGGAAACCAAGGUUCACUGGCGAGUGAAAGGAAUAUUUGGCUAAUUAUCUGUCUGUCUAUGUUGCUAGAGAGCAAUGUCUAUCAUGUAAUGAUUGAAGUGAUGUAUAGAAGCUUGAGGCAACUUAGAUGAGAAACUGUCACCACUCUUUGCCUCUACAAUCAUGCGACUUGAGACACUAUUCCCAAGGCUUUGUGCUUUUUCUCAUAUUUUAUAUGACCAAUGUAAAGAUUCAAAAUUUUAUUUCUCUUGUCUUCUGAUGGUUUUGAAAUAUUACUAAGGAUAUGUACAGGCAAUAAUUAAUCUGUCUUGUAACUAUAGUAUACACUUGUGAUUCAACUUAAAAUUAAAGUCCAUUUGGAUGAUUAAGCAA